UAUCCGCCUCGCCGCGAACGCCUGGCAGCCACGAGGGUUUGUUUACAUCCUCGGCCAGACAGCAGCAGGUGACGUCAGCACUCAGCACACCCCGGCACACGUCAGCAGGUCAGCAGGCACCUCCUCAGCAGAGUCAGCAGUCAGCACACCCUCCCAGGCACUGCAGGGUCGCCAGCAGCAUGGAGGUGGAGGUGGAGGAGGUGGCCAACUUGCUCUUCCCCGAGGCUGUCCCAGAGCCUUGGAAUGAAAAUGAGGAGUUCCCAACCUACAUCGUACAGCUGGCCUCCUGUGGUGUGGAGAGACUGGGGAAGGAAAGUGCCCACAUACGCGAAGAAAGAAAUGCUAUUCUGGACCAAACUAAGGACCUUGCCUACUCCAACUACAAGACUUUUAUUCACACGGCAGACUGCUCCAAGACUAUCUACAACGACUUCACCAGCGUUGAAAAACAUCUGGAGGGGCUGUCAUCCUGUCUCCCCAACCUGAAGAUGAGAGUGGAGAGUUUCUUGGCCACGUCCAAGAACUUGGCUCAGUCGAGACACCUCACCUCACUCACCCUCUCCAAGCACACUCAGCUGCUAGAGAUCCUGGAGUUGCCGCAGCUGAUGGACACCUGCGUCAGGAACGGUUACUACGAGGAGGCGCUGGAAAUCGUUGCUUACGUCCGUCGACUGGAGAAGAAACACACAGACAUUCCAAUCAUUGUGGGCAUCGUGAAGGAGGUCCAAUCCGGCACUCGUCUGAUGCUCGGGCAACUCCUGGCUCAGCUGCGCACACCCCUGGCCCUCCCCCAGUGCCUCAAGGUUAUAGGUUUGCUAAGGCGCCUUGAUGUCUUCACUGAGCCGGAGCUGAGACUCAAGUUCCUCCAGGCCAGGGACUCGUGGUUCAACGGCAUCUUGAAGGGCAUACCGAGGGAGGAUGCCUACCAGCACAUCAUCAAGGUGGUGGAGGCCUCGCGGGUUCACCUCUUCGAUAUCGUCACCCAGUACCGCGCGAUAUUCUCUGAUGAUGAUAACAGGUUCGGCCUCGGCGACCCGGAAGUCAACGAGCAGGCGAUAUUCCAUGGCUGGAUACUGCACAAGGUCAACCAGUUCAUCAGGCUGGUGGACAAGGACUUGCAGCGAGGGGUCGGGAGUAACCUAGAGGCCGUCCUUGCCCAGUGUAUGUUCUUUGGUCAGUCCUUCAGCCGCAUCGGAGCUGACUUCCGAAACCUCCUCAUCCCAGUAUUCCAGGCAACCGCAUUACUCCAGCUUGAGAAGGACAUUCGAACAGCAAAUAUAAAGUUUGACGAGACGCUCAGCUGCUUCUCCCUCAUGGAAGCUCAGCAACUUUCAUCAUCCUCUAUAUUCCUGCCAGAAACCCAAGACAAGACCAGACCGCCCCUCUCACUGAUGGAGUUUGGCCCCUUGGCGUACUACAUGAAUGGCCUGGUGGCUGCCUUCAACACCCUGAGGCAGUGCUGUCCCGUGGCCACCCUCUCGGAGGCCCUCAAGCUCAUCCAUCGGUCACUGGCAAAGGUUAUUUCUGCCCUGCUUGAGCUGCACAGGCUGGAGAGUUCUGGCUUCACGGCGCGGGAAGAGGCGGCCUUCCAGCGCAUGUGCUCCCUGGUGGCCCACGACCUGCUGCCGCACAUCAACAAGUGUCUCCUGCUCCUGUACCCACUCCAGCAGAUAUCACAGAUAACAGGCAUCUCAGUCAACCAGCUCCAGAAACAGAAAUGUGGCCAAUUGAAUAGUGAAGAAUUACUAGCUCCUAUCCAGCACCUGUUACCCAAGAAAGAGGAAGAUUUAGUACCUGAAUUUAGCAUCGGAGACACCAUUAUUCCAAGCAAGACUUCAAGGGCACCUGAAACUGCUUUGCCUGACAGGGGAGCUGACCAAGACAACAAAACCCCCUUGGAGGCCAUCACUGAGGUUCAUGACAACAUUACUGACCAAAACAAGACUGAUGCUGCCACGGAUGAAAGUACAGAGAAAACCCAGACUGAAGAAGACGGCAAGGAUGGGGAAGCACCAGAAAAGACCUGUGCUGAAAAGGACCUCGAGGAAAGAGAAGAAUCAGGCAGGGCAGUAGAGGAGGAAGCGAGUCAGCCAGAAUCUACAGCGCCUACAUUAGGUGAAGAAAGUAGUCCAGCCAUAUCCGACAUACCUCAAGAAACCCAGUCUACUAUACCUCUACAAACCCAGGAUAUUCCAGUAGAUGAAGAUGAAAAACACAAGUUUUAUUGAAUGUAAAUUAAUUCUGACUUGAGAGUGAGGGAAAGUUGGCUGCAAUCAGUACAUUAUCAGACUGUCCACAUCACCAUGCAUGUGUUUGUUAGUGUGCAGUGAGCUUUAACCCGGUAGCAGCAGGGAUCAUGUUUCUUAAUGGUCACUCUAAGCAAGAAAACAAGGAAAAUGAGAAAAAAAUCAUCACUCACACAAACCAUUUCAUAACAUAUAUCAAAGCAGUUGUGAUCCGAUUAUGUAUCAUCUAUUUUGGGGGGUUUAUAUCAUGGCACAAAUUUGGCCCGUCGCUGCUACCAGGUUAAAGUGACACCCCCCCACCAUUGGUAUCCUGUAACUGUAAUAUCUCUGCUGACAUCCUGCCCAAGCCCAAACACCAUAAUCAUUAAUCAGUUAAGGUAAAUUUUGGAUUGGGUCAUGGAGCAGACUGACAUAUCACACCCACAGCCUGCCUACAGGAACACUGAAUAUGACAUUGUACAAGAAACUCCUGGGGUAGGGGUGGCACUGUCAGUAAGCAGCAGAGUUAUUUCCCACCAAGAUGUGCCCCCUGCAUUGCAACAGACACCUAACCUAACUGAUUGCUAGUUAGUUAUGGGGAUUACUACUUGUUAAGCAUCAUGAUACAAGACUGUUACAACAAAGCCUGGGUGCUAGUAAUGCAGAGCAGGUGGUGUAUCAGGGCAGAGAUGCUGGUAAUUACAGGUACCCAUAACAAAAAUAAAAGUAGGGAGUAACCAGCCUUAUGCAGGUAUGUGUGAUUGUUGUUGUUGUUGACACAGCUUCAGCUGGAUCCCUGGCUUCUAGUCAAGUAAGUAAGGACGCUGCUGAUUGGGUGUUGGUGGGUAGGGCAUCUAGUCUCUCACUUACCCAAUACACUAGCCGAGGUUCAGAAAAUAUUUAUAUUUCUUUACUUAACUCGUCUGUUACACAUGAUACUCAAGAUUUUCAAAACUUGAUAAAUCGAGUAUAUAAAAAGUAAUUAUGGUGAGCAGAAGUCAGAUAAUGAAAUCUUUAAACCACUUUACUUACCAGCAAUAUUUGCAGCAGUUAUGGAAUCAAUUUUAGAAUACAAAAUUUUUUUUACAUAAAUCGACCUAAUGAAUAAGAUGGUACUUUGAGAUUUUGGAUGAAGUACAAUACAAGAGGAGACAAGGAACGAUUUGUAAAAAGUGGUAUAAACAUUAAAUGUCAUUUUACUCCAUGUAACUAUUUUCUUCGGA